AUGCCUCAAAAUUUUAUUUCUGACCGAGACGCACGGUUUAUGAGCGAAUUCUGGAAAGGAAUGUUCAAACAACUUGGUGCAUUAUGGAUCUACACAACAGCAUGGCAUCCUCAGUCAGACGGGCAAUCGGAAAGGACUAUUCAGACAGUAGAGAUAAUACUUCGCCACUACUUUACCAAGGAACCGGUCGAGACUGAAAAUUGGGAAGAGAUAUUGGGUCCUAUUCAAGCAUCCCUAAACUCAACAAUAAAGCCAGCAACGGGAUCCUCGGCACACAAGCUAAUAUACGGUAUCAAUUUGCGCACCCCGUGGAAAAUGCUCCGCCAAGUAUUUCAACAAGAUUUUACCUCCCGGUUGGACGCCGAGCAAGAACUUGGCUGGGCUGCUUUCCAAAUGAAACAAUACUAUGAUCGAAACCGUGUACCGAUCGAGUUUGAGAUCGGAGACGAAGUAUUCCUGAAGUUACACCAAGGAUAUAAACUACCAGCAAACAAGAGAGUCAGCAAGAAAUUCAGUCGUCAAUUAGCUGGUCCAUUCAUGGUGUUGCGUCGGAUAGGUGACCUGGUAUACGAGCUUGACUUGCCUAGCACUUGGAAGGUGAAUCCUGUUAUCUCGGUAAUACACCUGGAAAAGGGAACAACAGACAAAGAUCCAUUCGGCAGAGCGCCGUCCAAGCCCCCGCCGGUACUAGAAGAGCGCUUUCCAGACGACACAAACCGAUUCGAAGUUGAAGCAGUACUUGACAAGCGCGUCAAUCUUGUUGGACGAAGUAGAAAGCCAGUGGUCAAAUACUUGGUCCGUUGGGUCGGAUGGCCACCUGCGUACGAUACAUGGGAGCCGCCAGAAAAUAUGGUGGGGGCAGAAGAAGCAAUAGAAGAGUGA